AUGGAUACUACCUGGGAUUCGACCGGGCAACAGCCUCAAAAUCCAACCCCUGCUCCAACCCAAUGCACCCCACUGAGCACCUCACAGAGCAACCCCUCGGACCCCCCUCAGGACCCCCCGCAACUCUCUGAAUGGCAAAUCACCCGCAAAGCAACAUCUCGCGGGCUAGGCGCUGUCCUACCGACCUACGAGCCCGAUUAUGCGAAGAUCGGGGAGCCAUUCGUCGUCCCGGAGGCGCAUGCGGGGGAUUCAGACCGACCUCCGGGGGAGUGGGCACGGUUUAUCUGGCGGGCCGCUUUCAAAGUUGCUCGUAGGGGGGAAUCACUGAAAGGCCAGCUCCCUAUGCUUUUGAAACAGGAACCGGUCCGGGAGCUUAUGGCUCGCGAGCGUUACUUCGCGGGUGGCAGACGCGAGGAUGAGAUACUUGGCAACCACCUGGCUAAUGUCGAAUCUGCAGCGGUAUUUUGCCAGGGAGAGGUGAAGACCAACGAACAUCGGCAAAGUGCGUGUAACUACGGGAGGGCGAAGGGUAUCUUUUUGCCUGCGCCAACUGCAUCUGGAAUGGACAAUUUGAGCGAUGCCAGCUUCUGGAAGCGUGCGCAGGCCCCUUUGACCCCAGGGGAUCAAAUUCGGGGCCACCAACGCAACAAGCGCUCAAUCAGCAAGAAAAUGGCCUAUGAAGCAUGGGCAGACAUGAAACGCAAUUUGGAUAUGCUGGAAGAGCUCACAGUCGAAAUUGCGGAGGCUCAUGCAACUGAGCAAUGGACAGUGGUAGGUACGCUGGUUAAGCAGCAACAGCGCUGGUUAGAUAACCUUAAGCGCCCACUUGGCAUUCUGGACCAAUUCCACCCCGCUGAGCCUAACCCGCCGCAGCAACCUGAGGGAACCUAG